ACGGGCUGCAGGCUCCCGGGAGUUGUCUCCUUGCUGUCAGUAACACAGGGAGUUUGCAGCCCCCCAGCCAUGACUCUGAGCAACGAGCAGCAGGUGGUCCUCACUGGGGUGUUCUGUUCCCUUGUGGCCCUGGCGGUGAUCUUGUGCCUCUGCUACUUCACAUGUCGCCUGGCGGGAGCGGCCAACAGAAACUUUGACUUGAUCUGAGAGUGGAUCCGAGCGCCAGGCUUGUGCCCAUACGGAGAGAGCGAUGGUGAAACUGGGGGUGCUGCUUCUGCUGGGGACCCUCUCUGAGACCCUCACUUUUCCAGAACAAGAGAAAAACCCAAAUUACUGGAGGCGGCAGGCCCAGGAGACGCUAAGGAACGCGCUGCAGCUGCAAAAUCUCAACACCAACAUUGCAAAGAACGUCAUCAUGUUCUUGGGGGAUGGUAUGGGGGUGUCCACAGUAACAGCCACGAGGAUUCUCAAAGGGCAACUGUCUGGGCAACCGGGGGAAGAGACGGAGCUGGAAAUGGACAAGUUUCCCUUUGUUGCACUUUCUAAGACCUACAACACCAACGCACAAGUGCCAGACAGCGCGGGCACUGCCACUGCCUAUCUGUGUGGGGUGAAAGCCAACGAGGGCACCGUGGGGGUCAAUGCAGCCGCUGUGCGGGGUCAGUGUAACACCACAAAGGGCAAUGAGGUGGACUCAAUCCUGAAAUGGGCCAAGCAAGCAGGGAAAUCUGCAGGGGUAGUAACCACAACGCGGAUUAAUCAUGCCACCCCCAGCGCAGCCUAUGCCCACUGUGUGAACAGAGACUGGUACUCAGACUUGGAGAUGCCCAAGGAGGCCGUGGAUCAGGGGUGCAAGGACAUCGCAUGGCAACUCAUGCACAACGUCCCAAAUAUCGAGGUAAUUAUGGGAGGGGGAAGGAAAUACAUGUUCCCUAAAAACACUUCUGACGUGGAGUACCCCAAUGAUGACAAGUCAAGCGGCACUCGAUUGGAUGGACUGAACCUGACCCAAAUCUGGCUGGAUCAAAAACCCAAUAAAAAGGCCGCUCGCUAUGUUUGGAACAGGGAACAGCUUUUGUCUGUGAAGCCAGAAGCAGUAGAUCAUCUGCUCGGACUAUUUGAGCCAGUGGACAUGCCCUAUGAGUUGGAGAGAAAUACCACCAUGGACCCGUCUCUGCCUGAAAUGGUGGAAAUGGCAAUUAAAAUAUUGGGGAAAAACCCAAUGGGAUUCUUCCUCCUUGUAGAAGGUGGAAGAAUAGACCAUGGACACCAUGAGGGGAAGGCAAAGCAAGCGCUGCAUGAGGCUGUACAAAUGGACGUCGCUAUUGGAGUAUCAGGGAACAUGACGUCAGUAGAAGACACCCUCACAGUGGUCACCGCCGAUCACUCCCACGUCUUCACCUUCGGAGGUUACACUUAUCGAGGGAACUCAAUCUUUGGUUUGGCUCCAGCUCCCAGUGACUUGGACCUAAAGCCUUUCACUUCCAUCCUCUAUGGGAACGGCCCAGGCUACAAACUGGUCAACGGCCAAAGGGAAAACGUCUCCAGUGUGGAUUUUUCUCAGUCCAACUACUUGGCCCAGUCGGCGGUUCCCCUGCGCAUGGAGACCCACGGGGGGGAGGACGUGGCUGUGUUUGCCAAGGGCCCGAUGGCCCACCUCCUGCAUGGAGUCCAUGAACAGAACUAUAUCCCCCAUGUAAUGGCUUAUGCCUCGUGUAUUGGGCACAACCAGGACCACUGUACAUCCAGCAGAGGAAAUGACGGAGCCAGAACUUCUCUGAUUCUCCUCUCUGUUCUGCUGCCCAUCUUUUCCCUCCAGCUUUUCUAUUAAAGGGACCAAGCACAAUAAAAAUAAAACUACCCUGCCCGUCCCUGAUAGAGAAUCGUCUCCCCUAUUUAUAUGAGGGCACUACCCCCCAACAUUCCAUUUCAGAGGUUAUUUACUUUGUUAUUAUGUGAUACAGGGGAGCCCCAGUGGGGGGGGUGGGCAAUUAUAGAUUUUUUAUUUGAUUAAAGGGGGUGCAAAAGGACCUCCUAACUGAUACAUUGAAUUAUAAGGGGUGACCAGACACAUCGAUAGGGCAAAAGCCACCAGAAUUGAUAAGAUGUGAGAGAAAAAAAGAGUUUGCAUUUCCACUAACUAAACUCAUGAAUUCAUUGGCCAGACUGGAGAAGGACCCGCACAGCAGCCAAUCAGCUCUGAUCUUUUUUGUAAUGUCACUGAAAUAAACCUCUCCCUGUCCAA